ACGUCACAAUAACGUGAGCACACCCGGAAGUUCCAACGGCGUCAACCAACUGCUCGACUUCCUUUAGCUGAGUGUUCCUCAAUAUUAGUGAUUGUCAAAUGUACAGCUUCUUUUUCCCUCAUUGUAAUUUGUACAUAUAUGAGUUAACUUUUGGAGCCUAUGCAUUAUAUAGCCUGAGCUUUUUAAAUGUUACACAAAGCGUACAUUCCGGCUGUUGCUAACGCGGCUAAAGCUAAGGUAGUGUUGACAUAACAGCAGGUUGACGUCGAGCUUCUUGUCGCCUGUUCAAUCAAACAUAACAAUUACAUUACAUUUAAUAAUUGUAACCCGCGUGAAUGAUUACAAAUGGGGCAGCAUUUGACUUGCAACAACAUAUAAAACCCAGUCAACUAGUUGUCUGCCUGCCACGACUGGCAUAAGAGUGGUGAGCUUACCGGGCUCCACUCCAAGCGGAGUCAAUGCGCGGGAUGAUGGGGAGCCAGAGCAGUCCUGUCAAGACUUACGACUAUCUUCUCAAGUUUCUUCUGGUGGGAGACAGCGAUGUUGGUAAGGGAGAGAUCUUGGACAGUUUGCAGGACGGCUCUGUGGAGUCCCCCUAUGCCUACAGCAGUGGAAUCGAUUAUAAGACAACAACAAUACUGCUGGAUGGAAAAAGAGUAAAACUGGAGUUAUGGGACACAUCAGGGCAGGGGAGAUUCUGCACCAUCUUCAGGUCUUACUCCCGAGGGGCACAAGUGAGGACGACAGAUCGUUUGGGGUGUUUUUCCAUCAAAUAUAUACUGUGUACUAAGACUUUCCUCCCACAGGGCAUUUUGCUAGUCUAUGACAUCACCAACAAUUGGUCAUUUGACGGCAUUGACCGCUGGAUCCGGGAAAUUGAUGAGCACGCCCCAGGUGUGCCCCGGAUCUUGGUUGGCAACAGACUUCACCUGGCUUUCAAGCGGCAGGUUCCAACGGAGCAAGCGAGGGCUUAUGCGGAGAAAAACAACAUGACGUUCUUUGAGGUCAGCCCGUUGUGCAACUUCAAUGUCAUCGAAUCGUUCACAGAACUCUCACGAAUUGUGCUCAUGAGGCACGGGAUGGAAAAAUUCUGGAGGCCCAACAAAGUUUUCAGCCUCCAAGAUCUGUGCUGCCGUUCAAUCGUCUCCUGCACGCCCGUGCACCUCAUCGACAAACUGCCUCUGCCCGUGUCCAUCAAAUCCCACCUCAAGUCUUUCUCCAUGGCCAACGGCAUGAACGCAGUCAUGAUGCACGGACGCUCCUACUCGGUGGCUCACAGCGCAGCGUCAUGCAGCAGUAACGGGGGAAGCAAGGUCAGCAGUAUCAAACGCUCAAAGUCCUUCAGGCCUCCACAGAGUCCGCCUAAAAACUCUUCCUCCCCCUCCAAGGGGAACUGUAGAAUAGCGUAGUGAAAGUGCGGUCUCGGGCCAGUGUUUACGAUGGGAAACGAGCUACCUACGAUAUCAGAGAUUAACGCUUCCAUUUGGCUUAGUUUCUGUUUUCUUUGCACUUCUUGCUGCUGCCAUCUGGUGGAGGGCGCUGUAAUAACACUUACUGAUGAGCCAAACAAUGGACACAGACGAGCAGCACAUUUUUACUCACACUACAAAUCUUGGGAGCCACUUUAACUCCGUUUUUUGGAGAGAAAGUUGGUUAAUUUUUCUUAAUAUUUAAAACUAUUGUCUCAACUAUUUUAGAUUGUUUCCUAGUGAUUGUUAUUAUAAGGAAGUCCUUAUGCUCGGUUAGUACUGACUAUGAUUUACAAAGUGUCUUAUGAAUCUCAUUAAAAGCCCAACCUCUGCAACUUUCAUAUUGAAGUUAAAUUCAAAUAUAAAUAUUCAUAUUGAUUGUCGGGAAUUGCACUGAUUUAAACAAAAAUGUGCAUUAGUUUAUUUACCAUUGGACAUUUUUAGCCCAUCAAUCAAAAAGAUAUUGACCAUAAACAAUAUGAUUGCUCGGUGCUGAUGAGGAAACUAACAUGUUUUUUUCUAUCUUGGUGGUUUGAAUGAACAAAAUUGUUUUAACAGGAAUGUUUGCCUUUUGAAUGUUUAUAAAUGCUAUGUAUUUAUGAAUGUACAACUCUAAAGUCUUCUACUUUUCUGUGGCCAUACAGCAAGCGUUGGAAUGUGUUGAAUAUUUGUGUUUAACAACCUCCUCUGGACAGGGUUGGGUUCUGUUGACAUGUGGUCAAUGUUUUACGUCGCAAGACACGCACAAAUGAUUGACAAGACGUCAUAAAAAGAGCACAUUGCUGUUUUUUUUUUGUUUAAAAUGGGAUCCGAAUGAUUAAAUAAACCACAACAAUAUUGGCA